AUAACGCAACACGUUCCAUUUCGAUUCGUGAUGGCACCAUUUCCUCUGUGCCUGCUGCUCCUGGUGAUGGCGACUGGCUUUGGCCACGCUUACGAGGCACCUGCGGCUCAGGUGCGCGUGUUCUAUCCCCGGGGAUUCGAGGUCUCCAUUCCGGAUGCGGAGGGUAUCUCGCUGUUUGCCUUCCAUGGCAAGCUAAACGAGGAGUUUGACGGCCUGGAGGCGGGGCAAUGGUCAAGGGAUAUUCCGAAAGCCAAGCGGGGACGCUGGACAUUCCGAGAUCACAGGACACAGCUCAACCAUGGCGACACCCUGUACUUCUGGACUUACGUUGUAAACAACGGGCUGGGCUAUAGACAGGAUGAAGGUGCUCAUGUGGUCACCAGUUACGACAAUCAACAUAUAUAGGGUCAUCUCUCAAGCAAUCACGGGAUCGGAGCCAAGCUUAAAGCUCGUCUUGAACCUUUGUUUAUGGAGCGUACUUUCCAUGCUAAUCCGCUCUUCUGGCUCCCAGCUAAUCUGCGUUCUAAAAUAAUAAUAAUAAUACACCAAAUCAAAAUGUAUGACACGACAUGUAUGUACAUAUGUGUUCAUUAGUUAUCAUCAACUUCAAGCUAACAUUUAUCGCUUUUUUUAAAACGACCAAGUAAGAUGUAAUCAAGUCAAUUGAUAUUUAAAUCAAAGUAAUGUAAAUUCAUAUUUUAUCCACUCUGCGCUUUUCAUUGUGGCUGUGACGUAUUUAAUUAUUUUCGUUAGUAAAAACACUUUUAUCCCAUGCAAAUUUAUGCACUUUUAAACGCUGUAAUUAAUCAUAAAUAAAAUGCGAGGCCUUAAUGGGCAAAUGGAACGCAGGGCACACAGCAAUGCGAUGGUCUGAAAAUUGCGUAAAAUGAAGCUCGCUCUCAAACCAACCGAUAUAAUUUGCUUUAUGCACUGUCCGCAAUUCACGUCCUCCAAUACGAUGGUGGUCAAAAUAAUAGGUAUAAUC